AUGAUGAAUAAUUAUUCUAAGCAUAAUGAUGAUAAAAAAAAUGAAACCGACAUGGAUUGGAAUUAUAGUGUUAAAAAGGAUGAUAGCGGAUCACAUAUUUUAAGUAAUGGAUAUGAAAAUAUAUAUGAUUCUUCGUCAUCCGAUGACGAAGAAAAUCUAAAUAAUAAAUCAAAAGCAGAUUUAACAGAAUAUUAUUUAUAUAAUGAAAUUAACAAUCACAAAUACAACAAUAACAUUUAUGAUUUCUAUCUGAAUAAAUUUAAUAAUAAUAUCAAGGACGAAAAUAAAAGGAAUGAAUCACAUAACAGUGCUUAUAAGAAAAACUCAAGUUCUAUUAAAAACAAGGAUUUAAAUAAAGGUAAAAGUGAUAGCCUUAAGAAAUCAAAUAAUUCAAAUAAGGAAUUUUAUAAAAACCAAAUAGAAAAAACUCAUAGCAUAGAAAAGAAAUACAGCAGCAAUUAUUCAGCGUGUAACAGUAAAGAUAAACAAUCAGAUUUUAAAAAUAAAGGCAUAAACAAUACUGAGAUAGUGAAUGAAGAACAUAAUAAAGAUGUUUGUGAUUUACCCAGUGAAUUAGUGUCAAAUAAUUAUACUAACAAAGAGGAUAUAAAUACUAUAGCAAAAGGUUAUAAUAUUAAUAAUAAAAAAUAUAGUGAUCAUGAUACAAAAAAUGGAGUUAAUAUAUAUUUAAACACUCUUAUAAAUAAAUUCGAUUAUACAAUUUCUUGUAAUAUGUAUAAGAAGACAAGUGCAACGCAUAUAUAUAGAAAAAGAAUUAUAAUGUUAAAAAAAAAGUUUUUAAUUAUAAACAAAUUUAAGCAAAAUAUCAAUAAUAUUUACAAAGUUGUAAAUCGAGAUAUAUAUGAUAUAUCUCAUUCAAGAAUUAGUGAUAUAUAUAAAAGCUCAAAUAACAUAUAUAAAUUUACUAUUUAUGCAAAAAGAAUAUGUAUAGAUAAUAUAAGUUCUAGCUCAGAUAAUAGUAACUUUUUUUCGACAAAAAAAAAAAACGCUAAAAAAAAAAGCAAAGAUUAUUAUAAAAUAUCAAAUGAUGGAUUUCACUUUAACAAUGAGGAAAUUAGAUUAGCAAAUCAUAACCUGAGUUUAAUUACUGAAUUUAUUAAUUUGAUGAAAAUAAUUUCUAUAUAUGGGUCUAUAAAAAAAUAUGUGAAAAUAUUAUUUUUUAAAAAUGCACAAAAUGGUUUUUUAAGAAAUUAUGGAUUAUAUUAUUCUUCGCCAAUGUAUUUUAAAUUCUUAAAAAAAUAUUAUAAUUCAAUGAUGCAGAAUGCCUAUAACUAUAUAUAUAUAAAUAUAUUAAAGAUAAAGAAUAUAGAGCAAAUAAAAUAUAGUUACAUAUACACAAUAAUAGAUGUGAACGAUUUUUUGUAUUAUUAUAAAUAUGAAUACAAUAAAGAUAUGUUUAUACCUCUUUUCGCCGAUCAGCACAACAAAAUUGUGUUUCAUUUUUAUACCGACCUUGAUAUAUAUUUAGGGUAUUUUAUAUUAUAUAGCUAUGAAAUUGAGAAACACAUUUAUUUUGAUUUAUAUCUAAACAAUGGCAAAAGGGAUACCGAAUUAUAUAAUUCACACAUGAGUUCGGGCGAUUAUAAAAAUUAUCAAAAAAAAAAAAAUAAUAAUAUAUACAAAAAUAGUUAUAAUGAUUCGUUCCUUGGUUCUACAAGUUCAAAUGCGAUAGAAAAUUUGGAAUUUCCUCUAGAUAAUAAUAAAGCUGAUUCAAAAUUAUUAAAUGAAGAUUCAUUAUUGAACCAAAAAAAUAUAAUUUUUGAUAAGAAUUAUUUCUUUGUAAAAAAAUUAACAAAUGACCAAAAAAAAAAUGCACCAAAGAAUAAUAAAUAUGCAGAUGAUUCUACGGAUGAUAAUGUAUAUGUACAUAUAUUUAUAUAUAAAAGUAAAAACAGAUUCGAAUAUUUAUUACCACAAGAAAAUGGCGGAAACAUGCUGGGUGAUAAUGAAAAUUUGUCUAUGCCAAAUAAUAAUCUAAAUAAUAAUUACCAGCUAAUUAGUUUGUUUUUAAAUAAUGUGAGAAGAACAAUGCAAAUCAAAAAUAGAUUCAAUCAAUUUUUAAAUAAAUUAAAUGAUAUUUUUGAAUUUAGAAGUUUUCCAGUUUCUAUUAUUUCAUUAAUAUAUAUUUUUUUAUGUUCCUAUUUUAAAAAUUAUAUACACAUUAUAUUAUUAUUAACAAUCAUAUUUUUAAUUUCGAUAAAUAAUGAAAAAAAUUAUGAUACGUAUAGAUACCUAUUAUAUCAAUAUCCUAUAUUAUAUUUAUUUUUCCCUCAUAAUUUAUUGUGCAAAAUAUCAAAUAAAUCAGAUCUUUAUCAUUUGCAUACAUUUGUCCAUAUGUUUAUAUUGAAUAAAUUUCCAGUAUUUUUUCAAUAUCUUUAUAAAUAUCACAGAUGCAAAUGCCUAUAUUUCUUUGCAUAUACUCCUACAUAUUUUGGUAAGUAUUAUAAUAGUUAUUUUUUUCCAAAUGAUGAUAAUAAUGGGAUAAAUAAGAACCAUAUAUCUCUAGAUAGAAUAGUCAAAAGAAAAUAUUAUGGUAAAAAAUUUGUUCAUAAGCAUUCUGACAAAAAAUCCAAUAGCCCAAAUAAAAUUGAAUAUUUAGAAUCUCAUAUAUUUAGAAAAAAGGAAACUUAUGAAAAUUCCAAACAUAGAAUAUUUGACACAAUGAUCAAGGGAAGUAAUCAUAUUGACUACAAAAACAAUAUCGAUAGUAAUUAUAUAAAUAAUUAUCCUGAAUUGAAGGAUAUAAACAAAAAUGAUGCAGAUAAUCAUGGUAGUAGAUAUUAUAGUAUUCCAAAGAAAGAGAGUCACACAAGGGAACAUACUAGAAGAGACAAUAAUGGUAACUCUAAGGGAGUUAGGGGCCAUUCUAUACUCCUUUAUGAUAGAUGUCCAAAAAACGAUCAAUAUAAUAAUAAUCAGAAGUAUGAUGUAUUAAAUUCUUUAAGCAACAAACAUAUGAAUGAUAAUCAGCUAGUUAACGUUCCGAGAGAUAAAAAUGUUAAAGCUGAUGGUAUAGAUAGAGAAAAAGGAGAAAAUGCAAAAUGUAAAAAGGAGGAAAAGGUAAAUGAUAAUAUAUUGAACAACUUACGAAAAUAUUUCAUAGGCAAAAAAGAUAAAAAAAUCAAUAAUACAAAGAAAAAAAGUGGAAAUAAUUUAGAAAAUGAGAAAUAUUCAAAUGAUAUGACUUAUUUAAAAAACAAUUAUAAUUAUUUAGAAGGGUUUAAUAAUAACAUAGAUACGGAUAACAAAUAUAAUACAAAAUUUUACAAUAAAAUGCUAAGAAAUAGAAAAAUACACAAUCUGAUUAGUAAUAAUAAAAACCAGUUAAUGGAGUAUUAUGAUUUAGGAGAAUAUAAUAAAAAUUUGUCAAAUAAACAUACAGACAAUUAUUUAAAUAAUACAAAUGAAAAUUUAUAUUCAAAUAAUGUUAAAGAUAAAUUAUAUCACCAUGGAUGCCCAUUUGAUGAAUAUAUAAAAAAUAGAGAAAAUCAUAUUUUAAGGGGCAAUGACACUCAAGGGAAUUUUAUUCCAUCUAAUAUAUCUGAAGCAUAUAAUGGAUUAAAUGCUAAGGAACAAGAAUCAUAUAUACACAGAAAUACUUUUCUUGUUUCAAAAUAUGACGACGACAGAGAAGAUACUGAAAGUUAUAACAGUGAUGAAAAUGAUUACAACAAUGACACAUACGAUAGUAGUUAUAAUUUUGAUUUACAAAAAUCAUCAGAUUGUUUUAAUGUGAAUGACGCUAUGUUGGCAGAUUUAGAAGUAAAAAUUAUGAACAAUAUGAGAAAUAAUUAUUAUCAGUCUAACAAUGAAAAUAAUACAAAAGAACAAAAUGAUGAUAAAUAUGCAUCGCAUGAGUUAUCGAGUAAAAAUAAUACUAAUAAUAACUUCUAUUUUGAAAUAAAUAAUGAAAAAUAUUCGAUUGAUUUACUUGUAUAUGAAAAAAGUUAUUUUCAAUAUUAUAAGCCCUGCAAAAGUUACAUUAAAAACAGUAAUACCAAUAACAUUGAACAAAGUUAUAAAGAGUGUAAAAAUGGUAGAAUUAGUUCGAAUGCAAUUUCACCUAAUUUUGAUUAUUUUGAAAGUAGUCAUAAUGAGUAUAAUAUAAAUAGAAACAAAAGAAAUAGCACAAAUACAAGAAAUGGACAUAAUGACUAUAAUUAUGAUAGCAAAGAUAACGUAAAUUUCUUAUUUGAUGAUAAACACAUAGAUCAAAAAAGUAAAAUAAAAAACACAGAUGUCCCAGAUAAAAAAAAAAAUAUAAAUAAAAUUUCCGAUUAUUAUAUAAAUAUAAGUACUAAUGAUUCGUUAUAUAACAUUGUUGAAUAUUUUCCUAAAUAUUUUUACAAUACUAUCAAAAAAUUAUAUAUCAACAUGAUAUUAAUUUACAUUUACGCCCAUUGUUUGUUCAUAAUUACUGUGCAUGGUGGGCUAAAUAAUGAUUUUCCUUUAUAUAUAUAUUUUUUAAAUAAAAUGAAAAAAAAAGAAAAAAAUACGGUAAAACAAAAAGAAAAGUCCAAUAAUUCAGUUAAUGUUAAAGAAGAAAAUCCAAAAAUUACACCAAAUAAAAAAACUGAGGAGAAAAAUUAUACUUCAAAUUUCUUAUUCAGACCAAAACGAAUAUUUAAAAGAUGGAAACAGCAAAAAAAACAUAUUAAAAUUGAUUUAAAUCAAAAUUUAUUAAAGGAUUCAAAUGAAGCAAAGGAUAUCAAAGCAUUGGAGAACAAUAUAGAUCCGCUAAACAGUAAUCAAAAAACACAUGAGACUGAACAAAUAUUAUGCAAUGAAUCAAAUGAAAUUGAAAAACAUAAAAAAAAUAACGAAAAAAACGUGAAUAAAAAUGAAACCACCGAACACAACAAUGAUGGAUCAAAAACUCCAAAAAAUUCAUCAGAUAUGAAACUUAACACUCCUCAAAAAAAUGUCAGUGAUAGCAAAACAGGAACAAUAGAUAAUUCCAGUCAAAAUUUAGAACAAAAUAAACAAGCUAAUAUCUGUAUUACAUUUAAUAAUGACGAUAAAUCCCAUGUUCACCGUUCUCCUGAAAAAAUAAAUAGUAAUAAUAAUAGUUAUAAUUGUAAUGAUAAAAAUAAUAACAAGCUUGAUAGUACUUUGAAUGAUACGAUGAGGGAUACUCAAGAUAAUAAUAGUAAGAACGAUAGCAAUGAUGCCAAUAAAAAUAUAAGCGAUGGAAACAUAAUAAAUCAAAGAAAUAAUGCUGAUAUAACUGAUCUUAAUAAAUAUGAUAAUAAUAAGAAGAAGAAAAAAAAAACAAAUUAUGAAAAAUUAAUGGGUAAUUCUUCAAAAAUAUUAAAAAAAAUUGAGGCAUUUCAUGAAAAUUCUCAUUUAAAAGAUAACCAUAAAUCUGGAAUGAAUAAUCAAUAUGAAAAAAACGUGGAUUUAUUAAAUGAUAAAAUAAAAAAUCCUCAAGAUCAAAAAGAAAGUACCCUUAAUGAUUUUUCCAAUAAUAGUUAUAUUGAUAAUGAUGAUAAAGAAAAAAUUCAUGAUACUACAGAUACUUUAAAUGACAAUCCAAAUGAUGUGAAUAAUGAGAAUGAUGAUAAUAAGGAAAAUAAAAAUACAAUUAUGAACAUUUUUGGAAAAUUAAAAGAUAUAAAAGAAGGAAAAAUUACCCAAAUAAAAAAUAUUUAUAAAUCAGAAAUGCAAAAACGAAAAAAUGAAAAAACUAGUGGUAUAAAAAGUGGUUUUGAUAUAAUUAAAAAUAAAAUUAACAAUAAAAUUGCUAAGAAUAAUAUAAACAAUGAUAGUAAUUGCUCGAAAAAUGAAAAAACAAAUAAUUCUCAAUCAAAUAUUGAAGAUGAAGAAUCUUAUAAUACUUUAAAUGACAAUUAUCUUGACGAUAAUUUAUCGAUCAGUUUAUGUUCUGAUAACGAAUUUUUACAAAUAAGUAAUUAUAAAAAGGAUACACCCAAAGAAAAAAAAAAUAAUAAUACUGAUGAUAAGAAAAAUACUAUCAAUAAUACUUCUAUUUAUAUGAAUACAAAAUAUGAAGUUCAAAAGAGAACCAACAUUGGAGGAAUAUUAGACAUAGAUUUACAUUUUAAUAAUAACAAAAAUUCUCGAAAUAGGCACCUGCGAGAUGUUACUAAUAAUAUACAUAGAUUGAUAAUUUAUGGAAGUGGUGAAAAUAAAAUUGAUUAUAAAAAUGAGAACAAUAUUACCCUUAAUAAAAUGCGUAGUAUAUCAUUAAAUAUAAAAAAAAAUUCAAUAGAAAAAAAAGUAAUGCAAUUGGAAGAAAAAAUAACGAGUAGAGGGCUCAGAAAAAAGAGUUGUGAAAUAUCAAUGAAAAUAAGCAGGAACAUUACGCAUAGAAGAAAUGAUAUAGCUAAAGAAUUUAGUAAAAAUAAAAUACAAAAUAACAAAUCAGUGGAUUAUAUUAAAAAAAUAUCUUCAAUAAAUUAUAAUAGUAAUGUCGAUAAUGUAGAAAAUGAUACUCUUUCACUAAGUUAUAGCAAAGAAUUAUUAGGUUUAAAGAUGAAAGGACAUAAAAAUCAUUCCCAUUUUAGUUACAAAUGUAAGCAUUUGUAUGCUAUAAAUGCAAAUAUUUCAUAUAAAAUUUUAAAGGGUUUACAAAAAGAUGAUUAUGGACUUAAAAAUAUUCAUGAAAAGGGGCAUUUUAGUGAAUAUGAUAUGGCAGCAAUUUCUAAAAGUGGUGGUAAAAAUGAUUUAGAUUAUAUAGACAAUAUGAAAAAUUAUUUAAAAAAUGUAAAUAAGGAAGAUAUCAAAAUGAAGUAUAGUAAUGAUUUGAAUUUUUUAAAAAAUGAUAAGAAUAUUCAAUAUAAUAGUAUGCUUUACAAAUCUAUAAGUAUAGAAAAGAGUGACGAUGAAAAUAAAAACCCCGAGAACGAUAAAUUAAAUGAUGCCGAAUAUAAAACGAAUUUGUUAAAAAAAAAAGGGAAUAAUCUCUUUGAUAAUAUGAAAAAGCAUUUUAAAAGAUUUAAAAAUAAAACCUAUUUAAAAGAUAAAAAAAAAGAAAAGUUAACACCCAAACAACCUAUGUUAUCAUAUGAUAUAUAUAAAGAUGAAAAAGACAAAAUAGAUACUUAUGAUACAAUUGCAUUAAAUAUAAAUAAUACACAAACCGAAAAAUCUGAAAAAAUUCCUGAAAAUCCAGAAUUUUUAAAAUCAAUCUUUCAAAAGAAUCAUGAGAGCUUUCACAACUCCUUAGAACAAUCUCUUUAUAGUAAUAAUGUUUUUAAAAAUAAAAUUAGAAUGGAUUUAAAAAACGAGCUUCAAACAUUGGAUGAUUAUUUUAAAAAUAUAAAAAAUAAAUUUAAGUUAUUAAGUAAUUCUAACAUAGCUUAUGAAAUGCUUAGUAGUAUAACCAAAAAUGAGCAACAAAAAAUUUACUCAAACAAAAUAUAUAAACGAAAUUUAUCAAAUUUGGAAUUAGUACAUAAUAACAAUUGGAAUAAUUUAAAUUCAAGAGAAUUAUUAAAAUGUUUUACACAAAGAAAUGAGUUAUUUUAUCAAAAUUGGAAACUUAAAUAUCUUAGCAAUACAAUUAGCGCUUUAAACCUUAGUACUAUCGAGAAUAAUAUAGAAUAUUUAAAUUCUUUAAAAAAUUUUUAUAAUUAUAGAAGUCUUAGCUAUUAUAAAGACCGCAAUUCGCAUAGCAAAUUUAGUAAGGGAAAUACCUUAAAUAAAAGGAACAGAGAGUCCCAUUUUUUUACGAAAAAAAUAAAUAAAUUCAAUAAAUUUUUAUUGAAUAAAAGAGAUUAUUAUAAUUCAAUAGAAAAAAGUAGUAUACGACAUAAGCUUCUUUAUGGCGUUUUAAUAUUUAUAAUUAAUUACUUUUUGUUCUUUACAAUUUUAUAUUUUUAUAUUCAUGAUAUAUAUAAUCUGUUUAAAAUAUCAAAAUACAUGUAUUUAAAAGCAAAAAAAUAUGAUAAGAAAAAAAAUAAAGAUUUCAAUAGCAUUGUCAAAAUAAUAUAUCAGAAAAACAUAUUUUCUUCGAAUGCCAAUUCAUUGUAUACAAAUAAACAUAAAAACAUAUAUAUGAAGAAAAAUAUUUUUGCACAAAUAUUUGUUCAAAAUAAAAAGGAAAAUAUUAAAAUGAAUCAAAAAUAUGACCAAGAAUAUAGUGAAGAAGAGGGCGAUUUUUCAUCAGAUAACGGACAUAUGAAAAAAAACGAAUUUAAAAAUAACUUCCUACCAAAUAGGAAUUAUGAGGAAAACAAAGAUAAAAAAAAUAUUCUCGCGGUCUACAAGCAUGCCAAAACAAACCUAAAAAUAUUUAUGCACAAGCAUAUGAUACUCAAUCUUUAUUUUGAAAAAUUUUUGAAUCUAUUCAAUCACAAAAAUUUUAAUUUGACAAAGGUUGUCAUAUCUCUUUUGGCCUAUAUUUCAAUUUUAUUACUUCCAAUAAAAUUUCACCACUUGAUUAUACUCAAAUUGUUGCAUAUGUAUUAUAAGGGAUACUUGAGACGAUACUACAAAAAUGUUAUCAUAAAUAGUAUAUUGGAAAACAUUAGAAAUGCUAAAAUUAAUUUGAAAUUAUACAAACCUAUUUGCUCCUUAAAUGAUGACGAAUAUUGCAUGUUAAUUGAAGAGAUCAAUAAAGGGUGUAACAUGUCUUUAAAUAUAUCACAGUUUAAGGAUAUUUACGAUGAAUACGACUUAGCAAAUGUGAUUAUACAAAAUUUAAAAGAAUUUGUGGAAUCAAAAAAAAUAAUAAGCCAUGAAUGGAACAUUAAUUUAUUGAAUCAUUCACCACAUGAUAAUAUAAGCACCAUUAACCCUCGAUAG